UAAUCACGGUCGUGAUUCCAAAACGCCGUCGUAUUUAGAGUCCAGCGAUAAUCGUUAUCCACGUUUUAUCGUCUCAGUCGAACGGAUAGGACGAAGAAGAAGAAGAAGAAGAAACAAGUGUUAGCGCUCCACUUGGAGAGGCGAGAACAAAGUUGAAAAAAUGGCGACCAUGUCUGCUCUUCAGAGCUCAUUUACAUCUCUUUCAAUAACCUCCAACUCCUCCUUCUUCGGCCAGCGUCUCCUUUCCCCGAUUCCCCUCUCCGUAGCUUCUCCGGUCAAACUCGUUAAGAACCCAUGUCUUGUCUUUGCAAAGCUAAAGCGUUGGGAACGGAAGAAAUGCAAACCAAACAGUCUUCCCAUUCUUCACAAGAUGCAUGUCAAGUUCGGAGAUACGGUCAAAGUUAUCUCUGGCCGCGACAAGGGUAAGAUUGGAGAAGUCACUAAGAUCUUUACCCACAACAGCACCGUUGUCAUCAAUGAUGUCAACCUCAAGACCAAACACAUGAAGAGCCGUGAAGAGGGUGAGCCUGGCCAAAUUGUCAAGAUCGAAGCACCGAUCCACAGCUCAAAUGUGAUGCUGUAUUCGAAAGAAAAGGAGGUUGUAAGCCGGGUGGGUCACAAGGUCCUUGAAGAUGGACAGAAGGUAAGGUAUCUGAUCAAAACUGGGGAACUUAUCGACACCAUCGAGAAGUGGAAGCAACUUAAGGAGGCUAAAGAUAAAGAAACUACUCAAGUUGCAGUUGCCUCUUCAUCUUAACGUCUCCACUUUUGAUAUAUUUGUCUGAUGAAUGUAUUAAGUUGCUUCCUUAAGUUAUGCUUAGAAUGGUACUUAAACUUGUGUUUUAUUCUAAACAUACAUUUUUUACAAA